CAAAGUUUUAUUCGAAACGAUGCGGUCAAAAAUGAGAAUGCGUCCAAAGUCCACAACUCCAACAUUAAGCUACCGACGAUCGUCAUGCCCACCUUUAACGGCCAAUAUGACCAGUGGUUGGAGUUCCGUGACACGUUUUUAUCACUAGUACAUAACUCACGCGAUAUAAGUAAUAUUCAGAAAUUUCAUUAUUUAAAAUCGUCCCUAAAGGGUAGUGCCGAAUUAGUUAUUGAUUCUUUAGAAUUUUCUAGUAACAAUUAUGAAGUCGCGUGGGAUCUGCUUUUAAAUCGUUACGAUAAUCAUAAGUUAUUAAUAUUUAAUCACGUAAAAUCUUUAUUUAAUUUGAAAGCUGUUUGUAACGAAUCGUCUAGUUUAAUCAGGAAUUUAAUUGACACAGUAUUAAAAAAUUUACGCGCUUUGAAAAUACUAGGUGAACCUACAGACUCCUGGGAUACCUUAAUCAUAUAUCUAGUCGCGUCGAAGUUAGAUGUAACGAGUGAGCGCGAGUGGGAGCAUUACAAAGUUAACUUAUUCACAAACACAGCCGAUAAGCGAUCAUCCGUUAAGUUAGAUCACUUAAUUAGAUUCCUAGGAGAUCGGGCCGACAUGCUUGACACGUUGUCAGCAUCGCACAAAAGGCAACAUUACAAUCCGAACAAAUUAAGUAGUACGCAGAUUAAAUCAAAAGUGCACUGCAACGUGUUAAGUGAAAAGCCACGGUCUCACGAUUAUAACGCUAAAAAUUGUCUUGCCUGUAAUGCCAAUCAUCCCUUAUAUUCUUGCGAAAAAUUUCUCAAUUUCGAUUUAAAUUCUAAAUUAUCUUUCAUUAAACACAAUAGUUUAUGUGUUAAUUGCUUACGCGCAGGGCAUACGUUAGCUAAUUGUAGAUUCGGACCGUGUAAGAAAUGUAAUAAAAAACAUAAUACUCUCAUUCACAAUGAUUAUUCAAAUACGGCAACGUCGCAUUUUUCGCAAUUGCACUCGACCAAGAUGGCGACGUGCAGUGCGCCUGCGCCAGUAUCGGCCGGCGACGGCUACGUCGGUAAUGAGUCAUCACACUCUAUUCAAGUUAACGAAGCGCACAUCAAUAGCAACUUACAAUGCGCUCGAUCUAUUAAACCUGUUUUGCUUUCGACUGCGUUAAUCGAAGUAGCUGACGUUCACGAUAAUUAUAUUACGGCGCGCGCGCUUCUAGAUAAUGGUAGCCAGCGCUGCUUUAUUACUAAAUCUCUAUGCGAUUCUUUAAAUGUUCCUGUAGUACAAUCGACUAUGGAAAUUAGGGGCGUCGGAAAUUCGGUAACACAGACCACGGAAGUUUGUGAAAUCGACAUUAAAUCCCGCGCGGACCCUUCGUUUGCGACACGUUUAAACUGUUUUGUUUUGCGAAACAUUACGUCAUCGUUGCCGGCCGUAUCCAACUUAUGCGCACAACUACCUAAAGAGAUACAGCUGGCCGAUCCACACCUAUAUGAAUCCCGCGACGUGGACAUUCUUAUAGGUGCAGAUAAAUUUUGGGAUCUAUUAAAAUCUAAACUAAUUAGACUACCUGCCGGUCCUGUCCUGUAUGACACGCAUUUAGGGUGGAUUAUUUCCGGUCAGGUUAAUAUGCGUAACACUUUACGAGGCGAUAGCAUUUAUUGCAAUUUAACACAGUCCUUAGAGAUGCAAUUACGGCGUUUCUGGGAGCUGGAAGAGCUGCCCAAAACGGGCGCAGACACACGCACUGAUGAGGAGCGAGCAUGCGAAGAACACUUCGUUGGCACUACGAGGCGCAAAGUCGACGGAAGGUUCUGCGUGCGCAUUCCUUUCAAAGGUUCACCUGAUCGUUUAGGUGACACAUACUCCAUUGCCGAACGGCGCUUUAAAGCGCUCGAGCGUCGUUUAGAGCGCAACACAAAUUAUAAAGCGCAAUACGUUAAGUUCAUGAAGGAGUACGCGGACUUAGGGCACAUGUCUCUCGUUCGUAACUACGGAACUCCUCAUUACUUUAUGCCGCAUCAUGGUGUUUUUCGGGAGCAUAGUACAACUACUAAAUUGCGGGUGGUGUUCGACGCGAGUGCGGCCUCCACCACUAACGUUUCACUAAAUGAAUUGCAGAUGAUAGGGCCACCUAUUCAAGGGGACUUGAUGGCAAUUUUAUUACGAUUUCGGCAAUAUAAAUACACGGCUUGCGCAGACAUCGAGAAAAUGUAUCGGCAGUGUUUAGUAGAUGAAACGCAACGCGAUUUACAAUUAAUUCUCUGGCGUGACGACCCGUCGAAACCCUUAGACGUUUAUCGACUAAAUACUGUCACCUACGGAACCGCAUCCGCACCGUUUCUCAGUUGCCGAUCGCUGAAACAAUUAGGUUACGACUGUGCAGACCCCGAUGUAAAGCGUAUCAUUAUGGAGGAUUUUUACGUGGAUGACAUGAUAACGGGUCACGACGACAAAUUUCAGUUAUUACAAAUUUGCGAACAUAUAACGGAAGUACUUCACUCGGGAUGUUUUCCAUUACGUAAAUGGUUAUUUAAUUUUGAUUGUAACAAUGCGGAAUUUUUAGAUUCAAAGACUUCACACUUAACUUCAAAACCAUUUCAUUUAGAAGAAAACGUCAACGCAAAGACGUUAGGUCUCGGGUGGUGCAAUAUUCGCGAUACAUUUUAUUUCGAUACACAACUUAAUAACACGUCACAAAAAAUAACAAAACGUUACAUCAUGUCUAUUAUAUCUCAAAUUUUUGAUCCAUUAGGAUUAUUAAGCUGCGUGACCAUAACCGUCAAGGUGUUACUGCAGCGCCUGUGGUUGCUGCAAAUCGACUGGGACGACGAGGUGCCCAGCGACAUCAGGCACACAUGGCAGGCUUUCGUAAGCGCGCUGCCUACACUGCGGACGUUACGUAUACCACGGCAUGCUAUUGGUGACAACCCUAUUUAUGUGGAAUUACAUGUGUUUUCAGAUGCGUCAGAGUCGGCGUACGGCGCUUGCGUGUUCGUGCGGACGGUCAACGCCGACUCCACGGUCGCUUGUAACUUGCUGUGCUCCAAAAGCAAGGUGGCGCCUCUCAAAUCCGUGAGCAUUCCGAGACUAGAGUUAUGCGGUGCCUUACUAGGGGCUAGACUGUGCGAAAAGAGCUGUUCAUCUAGAACUAGUCGGCGACCUCUCCACAGAUGCGUAUCUCCUAGCACUGAAAAGAUUUAUCGCACGUCGCGGCAAACCUGCCGAGAUCCUUUCAGACAACGGUAGGAAUUUCGUAGGACUAAUGACCGAAUUCAGUAAAUUUAUAAAUAAUUGUUCUUCGCACAUAAUAGAUUACGCAACUUCCAAUAACAUUAAAUUUAAAUUCAUUCCGCCAUAUUCACCCCACUUUGGUGGCCUUUGGGAGGCUGGAGUAAAAUCAUGUAAACAUCAUCUGGUGCGGUCACUCGGCAAGGCGCAUCUUACCUUUGAGGAAUUCAGCACAGUACUAACGCAAAUCGAAGCCAUCCUGAAUUCCCGCCCUUUAAGUCCUCUGUCCACAGACCCAACUGACUACCUCCCCUUAAGUCCCGCUCAUUUCCUAGUUGGUCGACCUCUCACAGCGCCCGCCAGCGAGGAUUUCAACGACACGCCUGCGCUAAAACUUA